UUUAACCUCUUCCUUUCUCCUUCACUCAUUCUCUAAUCACACUUUCUUGUCUUCAGAAUGUGAAAACACAAGAUCAUGAGUCUGUUUCUAAAAUGUAUACUUUUCGGGAUCCCGAUCCCUUACAGAACUUAUCAUCUUACCGCUGAAACGUUUAAUAAUGACCCUUUUGCGAGAUCAAUGAGACUGGAUAGGCAUUACCGUGGUGAAUUCUCUAUGGCUGCAGUUCAGUCAAAUAAGGAUAUGGAAGAUUACAGCCAUGUUGAUGUUGGCCAUGAUGCACUCUUUGUUGGAAUUUAUGAUGGCUUUAAAGGCGACACCGCAGCCAUCUAUAUCCGUAGACACAUCUUUAAGGCUCUAUUGAGGCGUAUUAGGGAGAAUAACAACAAUAUGACUGUUCCUAUUUUGAGGGAAGUUGUUGAGGAAAUCGAAAGCGGGUUUAUUGAGUUUGCUAGAAAUAGUUUUUUGCAACAACAUCAGGCACAUAUAGGUUUAGUUAGUUCAGGUUGUUUGAUUUGUAUUAUAUGGAGAGGGACACUAUAUCUUGCUAAUGUUGGAGACUCGCGCGCUGUACUUGGUUCUCGGAAGGGUGUCGGCCCUUUUAAAAGAUUGUGUGUGAAGCAAAUGGUCAGAGUUCACAGUUGUGAAAAUUCGGAUGUUAAAAAAGAACUUCGUAAAUGGCAUCCAGAUGAUAAUCUUAUUUACGAACUAAAUGAAUUACGCGAUGAGGUGCAUUCUCAUAUUAGCAAAGGUCAAUUAUGGACUAUUAAAGGCUUAAUCCAGACAAGCAGGUGUAUAGGAUAUGCAUACAUGAAGAAGGUUCCGUUUACUCAAAGGAGAACGUUCAAAAUCCCAAUCGGAGAACGAGUUGUUUCGGCUUUUACAAGACCUUUGCUAUCAUCAGAACCAGAAGUUUAUUCAAGAGUCUUAAAAGACACUGAUAGUUUUGUUAUAUUUGGAUCUAGCGGAUUUUGGAAAUUGAUGUCAAAUGAGCUUGCUGCUAGAAUUGUUAACACCAAUCCACGAGAUAAUAUCGCGAAAAUACUUGCCAUGGUUGCUAUAGAGAAGGGGGCUAAUAAAAAACGGAAAAAAUACUGCGACGUUAUAGAGAUUCCGAAGGGAAAUGGUGUUAGUGGGGAUUUUGGUUAUGUGCAUGACAGAAUUAGACCGUUUUAUCAUGAUGAUAUAACUGUGAUUGUUGUAUUUCUCGACAAAAGACCGAAUGGUGUGAGGCCAGAGAUAAAGUCUUAUACUUGCAAUGAUUACACAGAUAUACCAUCAGAGUUUACGCAUUUCUAUAAUAAUACGAAUGAGUGACACAAGACAUAGUUUGUUCAUUUACUCGGUUCUAUUGCCAUAUUCAGCCGAAUAAUAACAUGUCUGAAGAUGUUGACAGAGGCAGGGUUUAUUGAGUUCGCUGGAAGGAGACGGACGCAAUAUCUCGCCAAGUUGGAGACUCGCGUGUAGUACUUAGUUUUCAGAAAUGUGUUGGUCCAUUUAAAAGAUUGUGUUAAGCAAAUGGUCAGAGACACAAUUGUAAAAAUUUGAAUAUUCAUAAAGAACUCCUGUGAAUUGCAUCCAAAUGACAUAAUAUUUGUAAGGCUUCGUAAAUUAUCAAGAUAGAAGAUUGGAAAGUGAUUAUCAAUGACUUUUUCGGUUCAUAGAAUUAUAAAUAAAACACAUACCACUAGGCCAAUCAGAACAUUGGACCGAAAGAUUUGUUGUUUCAAACAAAACCAAAAUCAGUAACAAUACACGUCUCUGCAACAAAAUGAGGGGAAAAUUGGAUCUCACAUAUCUUGCUAGUCUUCAUGCUCUUAUAUCCCAACAUAUCAAGAAAGGAAAACACAAAGAAACUUGAUAAUAGAAAUGGUAAAAGAAUAGGAAAUGGAUUUCCUCAACCAACUAGAUAGUAUUUCCUUAGUACAAUGUAUAUAUUGUAAUUUCCUUGAUCCAACUCUCAGGCUCCAUGAUUUGAACUUAGAAGCAUUUCCUGUGUACUAUUGAUGGCCCAGAUUCAUCAUAUUCUGCCUUUGCAAUC